AUGAUCUCCCACGCCCUCCAAUCCCCUCCCCAUCCAUCCCGCUCUACCCCCGCUGGCCGCCCUAUCGCCGCAUCCCCCCACCCAGCCCCGCCCCUCCCGGGGCCAUCAAGGCCCCUGCGAUCGAAUCCUCGACCCAUUCAUCGACGUGCGUGCCUCCGAGGGCGGGCCAGGGGCAGCACGAUCCGAUCCCGGGCGGUCGCCGCGCCUCCGCGGCCGAUUGGGUCGCCCCGCACGCUCGACGACGUCGAGCUGCAUCCGCUGGACGCCUCCAGCGAGGCGUCCUUCGAUCUGGUGAUCGCGGGCGCGGGGCCGUCGGGCCUGGCGGUGGCGGAUCGCGUCUCGCGGGCAGGCUUCCGGGUGUGCAUCGUGGACCCGGAGCCGCGCAGCUGGUGGCCCAACAACUACGGCGUGUGGGUGGACGAGUUCGAGGCGAUGGGGCUGGCGGACUGCCUGGAGGUGGUGUGGCCCAAGGCAAAGGUGUUCCUGCACGACGGGGAGGACGGGGAGAGGUUUCUGAAUCGGCCAUAUGCACGUGUGGACCGCCCGAAGUUGAAGAGAAAGUUUUUGGAACGGUGCCUGAAACAAGGCGUCCGAUUUCAUGUCACAAAAGUUGAGGACAUCAUGCAUGACGACUACCGAUCGGAGGUGAAGUGCAGCGAUGGCUCUGUACUGGAGACAACCCUCGUCCUUGACGCCACUGGCCAUGCCAGAAAAUUGAUCCAGUUCGACAAAAAAUUUGACCCUGGCUACCAGGCUGCGUAUGGCUUACUUGCAGAGGUGGAGUCGCACCCCUUUGACCUGGACACCAUGGUGUUCAUGGACUGGAGGGAUGCCCACACAGAGAACCGGCCAGACAUGCGGGAUCGCAACAAGAAGGACCCAACCUUCAUGUACGCCAUGCCUUUUUCAGAGAAACUCAUUUUCCUUGAGGAGACGUCGCUGGUGGCGAGGCCGCCGAUCGCCUUUGACGAGCUGAAGAAGAGGUUCGAAGCCAGGGUGGAGUCGUUGGGAAUCAAGAUAACUCGUGUUGAGGAGGAGGAGUACUGUCUCAUACCAAUGGGCAGCGCUCUGCCUCAAAAGCCACAGAGAGUGUUAGGAAUAGGAGGCACUGCAGGCAUGGUGCAUCCAUCCACGGGGUACAUGAUAUCACGGAUGCUUGGGGUGGUCCCCACACUGGCAGACACAAUAGUGGACGAGCUGUCCACCCGACAAAAGGACUCAGAGCAAAAUGGGAGCCUUCAGGAGGUGACCGGCUUGGCAGAAAGAGUGUGGCAGAAAUUGUGGCCUGUUGAGCGCGUAAGGCAGAGAGAUUUCUUCUGCUUUGGAAUGGAAGUCACGCUGCAGCUGGAUUUGCAGCAAACCCGCGAAUUCUUUGGUGCCUUCUUUUCCCUCUCGGAGUUCCACUGGCAUGGCUUCCUGUCGGCGCGCCUUUCCUUCUCAGAGCUGCUGGUCUUUGGCCUCUCCUUGUUCGCCAACUCGACGAACGAAGCCCGGAUCAACCUCCUGCAAAAGGGCGCCCCAGGCCUGGCUGUGCUUCUAGCUAACCUGGCCAAGACCUUGGGUGAUUGA